AUGUAUCAAUGUUCAGCACGCUGCAAACGGGAUUACAACUACUGCUACACAGAGCGCAGUGAUUCUCUCAAAAUUACAGUAAAAGAAAAACCCAAUUUGACACCUCAAAGCUUCAUCUACACUGAAGAUACAGUCUCUCUGAGCUGUGAGCUGCAGGAGGCAUCUGGGAUGAUGUUUUACUAUUACAGAAAUUCACAGCUUGUGAAAACUGUAGCUACCAAAACACUCAGCGUGACACUGGACAAUGCAGGAGCGACAGUGUAUCAGUGUCGUGCAAGAAGGGCAUUCUACAAUAAAAAUAAAAACUAUGAGUACAUCUACACAAGACUCAGUGAUCCUGUCAAAAUUACAGCAACAGAAAAACCCAAACCUACGGUGAGAGUGAAUCCUCAGAGCUCCAUCUACACUGGAGACACCAUCACUCUGAGAUGUGAGCUGCAGGAGACGACUGCAUGGGAGUUUUCAUGGUACAAAAAUUCACAGAUUGUGAACACUGUACCCAUCAACACAUUCAGUGCAAGAGUCAAUAAUGCAGGAGAAACAGUGUAUCAGUGUCGUGCAGGCAGAACAACCAACAGCUAUAAUAACUAUAACUACUACUACACACAGCUCAGUGAUCCUGUCAAGAUUACAGCAAAAGAGAGACCACAGACAGUACUGAGUGUAUCUCCACAGAACUGGCUGACUGAAGGAGACUCAGUGACUCUAAGCUGUGAGGUUACAGACUCCUCUACAGACUGGACAUUCAGCUGGUACACAGUUCUUCUCUCAGACAGCAGCAGAGGAUCUGGAGGCAACCAUACUCUCAGUCCUUCUGCUCUUCAUCACACAGGAGUUUAUGUGUGUAGAGGAGAGAGAGGAGAACCAGCCUUUCACACACUGUACAGCAAUCCACAGCCUCUAUGGAUCUCUGGUGAAUCUCCUCCAGUGUCUCUGAUCAUCAGUCCCAGCAGAACUCAACACUUUACUCUUGACUCUCUCUCACUGAGCUGUGAGGACCAGAGUAACUCUACUGGAUGGACAGUGAGACGAUACACAGACAGUGAAGGAGUGUUAGAUUGUUCACAGUGGGGAUCAGUUACAGGAUCUACAUGUAAUAUCAGCUUCCUCUCCACAUCCUACACUGGAGUUUACUGGUGUGAGUCUGAAUCUGGAGAAAACAGUAAUCCUGUCAACAUCACAGUUCAUGAUGGUGAUGUGAUUCUGGAGAGUUCUGUUCAUCCUGUGACUGAGGGACAUCCUCUGACUCUACACUGUUUAUAUCGUAACACAAAUCCCUUAAACCUUCAAGCUGAUUUCUAUAAAGAUGGAUCAGUCGUCCAGAACCAGACUACAGAAGAGAUGAUCAUUCAUAAAGUCUCAAAGUCAGAUGAAGGUUUCUACCACUGUAAACACCCAGAGAGAGGAGAGUCACCGAGAAGCUGGAUCUCAGUCAGACGCUCUGUCUCAAUCUCUGGUUCUAGACCCAGUGGUGAAACAGUAGGAGUGGCUGUGGGACUGAGUUUGUCCUUUUUGUUCAUCAUUUUGCUGAUAAUAAUGAUCCUGCUGUGGUUCUACAAAAUGAAGAAAGGUGAAGCUGCAGCUCAGAGCAGUGAAGACACUUACGCACAGGUCAUGAAGAAGAAGAAGAAAAGCAGGAGGAAUGGUGUUGAUGCUCAACUCGGCAUGAAUGAUGUGACAUAUGCUGAGGUUCAACUAAAGCCUAUGAAAAAAGUGAAGAGAGCACAAGAAAAGACCAGAGUGGGUGAUGAUACUGUUUACUCAGAGCUGCAUCAUAACAUGAAGUGAGCCGUGUGUCUCUCUACACUGAUGAAGCUACAGACAUCAGCGUGAGAGCUGGAAAACUCUGAGUUGUGUUUGUCUUCUGUUUUUCCUAAAAUGUUCAGAUGGUAAAUGUUUCAAAUUCUUUAAUCUAAACUUGGAUGAUGCUAAAACCUGGAAGCUGUUCUGUGAACUUGCUCACAUCAACCAUUCCCACAAUAUCAGAAUGUUCCUGGAGAUUUGUGUAAACCACAGAGGUUUAGAAGAUGGUUCAAGUCAUUCUAAAGAUUUAAAUGAUCUACCAAACCACCAGCUGGAUUUUAUGCCCUGAUUAGAAUGAGUUUCGAGGAGAAUUGGACCUGCUGAAAAGUCACAUGAAACCAGACACUUUGACUAAAAUAAAUAUUGCUGAAGUGAUUCAUUACAAAUGUUUAUCUUACGUUUUUAUUUGAAUGGUUGAUCUACAGUAUCUGUGCUUCCAGUUCAUCCAGAAUGGUGAAAUGGAACAACAGUAAAGAUCAGUUCAGAUCUAAACAGUUCAGUACAGAGGCAAGAAAGCCACAAUUGUCUUAUUCAAUUUUACAGCUAUGCAAAAUAAAUGACGAAUUAAAUUCAUAUGAACAGAAUCUUCUCUUGGAUUAGUAACUUCAGCUUGUAUUAUGAAGACUCUAGUAAAUGCCUGAAGAAAUUUGAAUGUCUCAAACUUGAACAGUGUUUCAAAGAACAUCAGGAAUGCAUGAAAGUCCUUGUGUAACUAUUUCACUUGUUUAAUUGUUUAUCUUAUAAAUAGACUUCAUGAUUAGUAGUAGUUUAUAUUUACUUACUUAAUAAUGUAUGUACCAUGUAGUCACU